UCAAGUUUUACACGGAAAGAAACCCAAAGGAAACUUCUAUUGUAACUUUCCCUCCAAAAUCUUUUAACAACAACAACAGCAGCAGUAAUAACUGUGAAGCGCGGGGAGCACCAUUCAACAAAACUAUUGGAUCCACAUGAAUCAAUGUUUCAAAGCAUUGGUUUGAUAAAAUACAAAACUUUGAGGCAAUAGAAUGGUUGGUCAAACCACUACAGGCAGUGAUCGCUCAAGGACAUAUUGGACGCCGGCUAUGGAAAGAUACUUUAUUGAUCUGAUGUUAGAGCAACUGCACAGAGGGGCCAGGAUUGGCCACACUUUCAACAAGCAGGCUUGGACAGACAUGCUUGCCAUGUUCAAUGCGAAAUUCGGUUCUCAGUACGACAAGGAUGUUCUGAAAGGUCGUUACACGAAUUUGUGGAAGCAAUUCAAUGAUGUGAAGAAUCUUCUUGGUCAUAAUGGGUUCUCUUGGGAUGAAACUCGCCAAAUGGUGGUGGCUGAUGAUUACGUCUGGGAUGCUUACAUAAAAGUUCAUCCGGAUGCUCGAUCCUAUAAAACAAAAGCAGUUCUGAAUUUCAAUGAUUUGUGUUUGAUAUAUGGCUAUACAACUGCUGAUGGAAGAUACAGCCGAUCAAGUCAUGACAUAGACUUUGAUGAUGAAAUGCAGGGAGUAAAUGUAGGUGAUGGGAUCUACAGUGUUGUUCCUUCAAGUAAUGAUCGGCAGAGAACUGAUUGGUCAUCAGGAAUGGACCAGUAUUUCAUUGAGCUUAUGUUGGACCAAGUAGGAAGAGGCAAUAAAACUGGCAACACAUUCAAUAAACAAGCAUGGACAGAUAUGCUUACAUUAUUUAAUGCGAAAUUUGGUUCUCAACAUGGCAAAAGGGUUUUGAGGCAUCGACACAAAAAAUUGUGGAAGUACUAUAGCGACGUGAUGUUUCUUCUGAAACAAGAUGGCUUUUCCUGGGAUGAAACGCAACAAAUGGUUACAGCCGAUGACCAUGUUUGGGAUGCUUAUACCAAGACACACCCGCUUGCACGUACAUACAGAACAAAAGCGUUGCCAAACUAUUAUGAUUUGAUCCUUAUAUUCGGAAAUGAAGUUGCUAAUGGGUUGAAGAAUUGUUCGCACCAGGAGAAAAACCGUGAAGAUGAUGCAUUACAACCAAAAGCAGGUGAAGGAAGGGCGAACCAAGCCUCAGGUGUUGGUGAUCGUACAAGAACAUAUUGGACACCACCAAUGGACCGAUAUCUUAUAGAUUUGUUACUAGACCAAGUGCAUAGAGGAAACAAACUUGGGCAAACAUUCAUAAGUCAGGCUUGGAUAGACAUGGUUACAUCUUUCAGUGCACAAUUUAAAUCUUGCUAUGACAAAGAUGUCCUGAAGAAUAGGUACAAACAUUUGAGGAGGCAGUAUAACGACAUAAAGAUUCUUCUCGAGCACAGUGGAUUUUCUUGGGAUGAAGCACGAGAAAUGAUAAUAGCCGAGGAUCAUGUUUGGGAUGCCUACACGAAGGUCCGUCCUGAUGCUCGAUCUUAUAGAGUUAAAACUGUACCAGGCUUCCACAAAUUGUGUAUUAUAUUUGGUGAAGAACAUUCUGAUGGUAGAUACGGCCGCUUGGCACGCGAUGUAGACCCUGUGGGUGAAUUACCUGUUUUAAUGACAAGUGAGGAGACAAACGACCUGACAGCUGCCAAUGCUAUUUCUUCAAGGUUAGAAUGGACACCACAAUUAGACCGUUGCUUGAUUGACCUUAUGUUAGAGCAGGUGCAAAAGGGUAAUAAGAUUGAUAGUGCAUUCAACGAGCAAGCCUGGGAUAACAUGCUCAAAUCAUUUAGUGAAACAUUAGGACUGCAAUGUUAUAAAACUUUCCUAGAAGAUCGGUAUUUAUGGUUCAAAAACCAGUAUGAUGGCAUCAGCAAGAUUCUUAGCUGUAGUGGGUUCGCAUGGGAUGAAACUCGGCACAUGGUAAUCGCUGAUAAUGAUGUUUGGGAAGCCUACAUUAAGGAACGCCCAGAUGCUGUUUCGUACAGAAAUACUUGCCUAAGCAGUUUUAGCGAUUUGUGCAAGAUUUUUCAAAACAGAUUAUUAGAUGAAAGAAUCAACGGUCAUGAUGCAGAAAUGAUGUAUGACGAUCAGGGUCCGCAAAUGGCUAGUCAUUGUCGAAUUCUAGAAACAUUAACCGACUUGGAAAUAGUGGUUGAUGGAGCUUCUGGAAAUCUAACAUUGUCAACUGACAACGUCAAUAUGACUGAGAAACAGAAGAAACGACCAGCAUCUCCAUUGGUUUCGGGACCUCCGGAAAAAGUGCAGAAGACUCAGAGCGAGAAUAGGCUAAACUCUCUAUCUGAGAUGGCGGACCUGGUCGCGGAAUUGGCAAAGAAAGAGAACAAGAGUGAUCAUUCAAUAGAAGUUGCAAUUGAUGCACUCCAGGCUAUACCAGAUAUGGAUGAUGAGCUUCUUUUGGAUGCUUGUGAUCUGUUGGAAGAUGAGAGAAAAGCGAAGACAUUCUUGGCACUCGAUAUUUCGCUGCGAAAGAAAUGGUUACUCAGAAAGCUUCGUCCGUAGUUGUGACCUCUCUGUGCUUUGACAAAGUGUGACAGGUUUUUAGAUGCUGUCUCACUUCCAGUACCAGUAGCAAUAUUUAUCUCAUUGAAAUGUCUUUAUUGUUUGUUUUAACAUUUGCAUAGUUUUCAUAAACUGUGGGCACCAUUUUCCUGCUACUACAGUGGGGUUAUUUUAUUUUUUUUAUUUUUUUUUCUAAUCUGCUGAAAUAAUCCCGAGCACUUUCUUAGCAAAAUGUUUUGCCAGCUUUUAUUUACAGGAUUCCGCUUUAAUGAAGUGAGGAUUUCUUUUUUUUUUUUUUUGGUUGCUAAAAAAAAUCUAAAAGAGCAUGCUUCUGAACUCUGACGAGUUGACACAGGAAGCAAC